CUGCAAUCAAUCUGGUGGCGUGCGUGCCCGUGUGUGUAUUCUGCUGUACCACCCGCAUGACCUUCCUUCUCCCACCAUCGCCGCCGUCCUAACGCAAACGUUUCCAAUUCUACGUCCUCCGCAUCUUUCACGUCCCCCCUCCACACGGAUCCAAUCCGUACCAGCGCCUGCCGCAUGCGACUCGGAAUCGGAUCGGACCCGUACCCUGCACUCCUGCUCCGAUUCUUCUUCCUUGCCCACGCCUCUGCUUCCAGUCUCCGACCAGGUCCUCUGCUCGUGCCGCCCGCCCCAUAUAAUCGCCGUCCAGCCACCUACGACCAGCCUCCUCGGCAGUUCAACAAACGCAGCAGCCACCGCCGAGCGCCACCAUAUAGCCGACGCCCGCGUCUCGCCAAGUCGCAGCCUUUUUCUUCCCCCCUUCCGUUCCGAGGCAGGCCUCACCGCGGCGCAGGGCGACAGACACCUAGAGCCGCCGCCGCGCCAUGGCCGUGCCGCCCGCCGGCGCUGAGGCCGAGGCGUCGCCACUGCCUCCGCCGCCGGGCUGCGCGCGGUUCCCGCCGGUGCACGAAUACGACCCCUCCGCGCGCCCGCGCCGCACCGUGGCGGCGGACCUCGACGGCACGCUCCUUGCCUCCUCGUCCGCGUUCCCCUACUACUUCCUCGUGGCGCUGGAGGUGGGGUCCUACCUCCGCGCCCUCGCGCUCCUCCUCGCCGCUCCCCUCCUCCUCCUCCUCUACACGGCCGUCUCCGAGGCCGCCGCCAUCGCGCUGCUCGUCUUCAUCACCUUCGCGGGGCUCCGGGCCCGCGACGUCGAGGCCGUGGCGCGCGGCGUCCUGCCCAGACACUACGCCGCGGGGGUGCGCGCCGACACAUGGGCGGUGUUCCGGGGCUGCGCCGAGCGGAGGGUCGUGGUCACCGCAUCCCCGGCCGUCAUGGUGGGCGAGUUCGUGCGCGAGUUCCUCGGCGCAGAGGUCGCCGGCACCGAGCUCGAGACGUGCGCCGGGGGGAAGAGGUUCACGGGGCGGAUCAAGGCCGUGCUCGUCGGGGAGAGGAAGAGGGAGGUCGUCGAGAGGAUGUUCCCCGCCGGCGACAUGCCCGACGUCGGGCUCGGCGACCGCGAGAGCGACCACGACUUCAUGGCCAUCUGCAAGGAAGCUUACAUGGUGCCGCCCGACCGCCGCGCCCCGCGCGCCGCCGCGGACACGCUGCUGUCCCGCGCCGUCUUCCACGACGGCCGCCUGGUCCGCCGCCCGGACCCGGCGCACGCGCUCUUCGCGCUGGCCUACCUCCCGCCCGGCCUCCUCCUCGCCCUGUUCCGCGUCUUCUUCAACCUCCUGUUCCCGGUGUGCCUCGUCCGCCACACGUACCGCCUGACGGGCAUCAACCUCACCGUCCGCGGCACGCCGCCGCCGGCGCCGCGCCCGGGCUCGCCGGGGUCGCUCCUCGUGUGCAACCACCGCACGGCGCUGGACCCGAUCAUCAUCUCCAUCGCGCUGGGCCGCCCCGUGACGUGCGUCACCUACAGCGUGAGCCGGCUCUCCACGGCGAUCUCGCCCAUCCGCGCGGUGGCGCUGACGCGCGACCGGGCGGCGGACGCGGCGCGCAUUGCGGAGCUGCUGGAGGAGGGCGACGUGGUGGUGUGCCCGGAGGGGACGACGUGCCGGGAGCCGGCGCUGCUGCGGUUCUCGGCGCUGUUCGCGGAGCUCACGGACCGGAUCGUCCCGGUGGCGCUGGAGGCGCGGCAGGGCACCUACUACGGGUCGACGGCGCGAGGGUGGAAGUGGCUGGACCCCUACUUCUUCUACAUGAACCCGCGGCCCGGGUACGAGGUGGCGUUCCUGCCGGCGCUGAGGGCGGAGGAGACGUGCGGCGGCGGAGGGAGGAGCGCCGUGGAGGUGGCCAACCACGUGCAGCGGGUGAUCGCCAAGGAGCUUGGGUUCGACUGCACCACGCUCACCAGGAAGGACAAGUACAUGAAGCUCGCCGGCAACGACGGCACGGUCGUCGUCGGGAAGAAGGGCUGCAGGGAUGAUGACGAUGCUGGCUCGGGAUCCAAGAAGCUUGCAUGAAGAAUAAUGUGUAUUGUCAAGCUGCUGGACUCAUUGGAACAGUUCUGUGACAACAUGUAGUUAGGCUUAAGUGUUUUUAAAGAUUACGGAUGGGAGCUGAUCUCGAUGGUAUGAAUCUUACUGUUUUUUUUUAAAAUGAAUGAUGAAAGGAAACUGAGAAGAAACAUUGUUGUAGCAGUUGUUUGUUUUA